AAGGUAGAUGAUCAGAUGGAGCAUAAUAGCUUCAGACAUUUGCAGCGACCGAAGUUCAUCGCUGACAAUUUCAACUCGCUAGACCAGGUCAUUUCUGCAUUGAGAGAAGCUGGUCUUGAGUCAUCGAACUUGAUCCUCGGUGUUGACUUCACGAAGAGUAACGAAUGGUCAGGCAGGUAUUCAUUUCACCGCAAAAGUCUCCACGCAGUUGGUAGUGUGACGAAUCCUUAUGAACAAGCGAUCUCAAUCAUCGGGCGUACUUUGUCGCCUUUCGAUGAAGAUAAUUUGAUACCUUGUUUCGGAUUUGGUGAUGUAUCAACACGUGAUGAAUACGUGUUCAGUAUUUAUCCUGAUCACCGCCCUUGUCGUGGUUUCGAAGAGGCACUUGCUCGAUACAGAGAAAUCAUUCCACACUUACAGUUGUCAGGUCCAACUUCAUUUGCACCAAUCAUUGAUGCUGCAAUUGACAUUGUAGAGAAAAGUAAUGGUCAAUAUCACGUCCUUGUUAUUAUUGCAGAUGGGCAGGUUACCAGGAAUCCUGGUAUUCCACGCGGGAGUUGUAGUCCUCAAGAACAAGCAACCUUGAAUUCCAUAGUUGCUGCCAGCUAUUAUCCUCUCUCAAUUGUUUUAGUUGGAGUCGGGGAUGGGCCAUGGGAUGCGAUGAAACAGUUUGAUGAUAACAUUCCACAUAGAGCAUUUGACAACUUCCAGGUACGUACUUUCUCAAAUAUACAUCCCUUAGUUUGCUUAGUAUCUUGA